CUUUAAUUCCAGUCCAUUUAGCAUUUUCCAUGAACACGUAGACAUACACACAUGCAGACAUCUGGAGUGAAGCUGUGCAACCAAGAUACGUGCUGGCAAAACCAGACAGAUUGAUUCUUGGCUCGUGUUUAACAGAGAAAGAAGAGUGGUGUAUGUUGUCUCGGUUAAAGAUACCGACUGUAUGAUUACUCACUGUAUUUCUAUAAGAAUAUUUAUUAUAGAAUGUAAGAAUAUUUUAACACAGCAUUGUUUGUGAAUGUUCUAUCUGUAACACUCCAGUUUCAACGUGUGUGUGUGUGUGUGUCUGUGAGACACGUUGCUUACUCACAGGUCCUGAGAUGCACAACUUCAUACCUACAUCAAUGGCUCCGACCUGCAUUGCAGAAACCCCUCUGAUUUAAAACCCUUUUGCACAAGAAACUGCCUGCGUUUGCAGUCGCCCUGAACUCGGGAGGUGUGUGUGUGUGUGUGUGUGUGUGUGUGUGUGUGUGUGUGUGUGUGUGUGUGUGGAGGGGGGGCAAUCAGCGCUACGGAGCGAGUGUGGCACUGGGCCAGGAUAGAGAGCGAGGCGAAGCUGAGCGAGCGCCAGCCAGCCGCUGCCGGGCGGGAGCGAGGAAUGCGAGGGAUCGAGGGAGGCGACCCUGAAUCUCCCGGCAGCCGGACGACCCCCGCCAGGCGGACCUGCCGGAGCGUCCGAUCGCCCGCGCGCACACACGCACACACACGCACACACACCCAAUGCGAUCGGAACUAGGGAUCCCCUCCUCCAGCGCGCAUCCUCCGUGUUGGUCCGGCGCAGCCUCCGCUGCAGCAGUUGCCGCGGCUCAGUCCUCAGCGCGCCGGCUGGGAUCCGCACCCUGACUGCCAAUACUCCGCCAACCCCCCGUUCCCCAGGAACCCCCCCUCCAGCAUUACUUAUUUGGGGGGGGACAGGCUGAAGGACUGGGCACGGGAUCCUUCGUCCCCAAGCCCUCACUAUUUCUUCCGUCACGUGCCCGGGAUCUGCCGGCGGGCGCGAGCAGACGGCUGAACGAGCGCGAGCAGACGGCAACUGGAGCCCGUGGAGGCACGGAACCGGCGCCGCUCCGCUCAGCUCGCUCGGCUCCCCUUCGCUGUGCUGCACGUCCCUCCGUCUCGCAGCCCUCCGAGACUCUGCGGCACCCGCAGGCUGCAGCGGCCAGUACGCCGCACCGCCACCGCAUCCGCUUCACACUGUCCUCACGCGGCGGAAAAGGCGGGAAGAGCCGUUUAGCGGAAGCGUUUUCUUUCUUUCUUUUUUUUUUCCUCAGUCCAGUGUACCGCCCCCCGGCGUAGAAACCCCCUCCCCAUCCGCGCUCCAAGUCAGACGCCAGAGUAGCAGAGAAACAAGUGUCCCGAAGCCUGACAGCAACAAGCGAAGCGGCAGCGCGCGGCCAUGGAUCCCCGGAAAAGCGGCAGCGCGGGCGUGCCCAGGUCCGCGCGGUCGGGCGACGCCGUGCACGUGGCGGGUGUGAUCCUCGCGCUGUGCGUCGGAGUGUGGUACUCCCAGGCUCUGGAGGUGUCAGUGGGGAAGGUGCACUUUGUCGAGGCUAUGAACGGCAGCACAGUCCUUCUUCCCUGCACAUACUCGAGCUGCAUCGGCAUCAAGAACCUUUACUUCAGCUGGCACUACAACAAAAAUGGCACCAUGGAUAAGAUGUGUGACGGAGUAAUCCCAGCUGAGGGGAUUGAGCCGCAUGUGAGGAUUCUCUGGCCACGGGUGGAGUUUAUAGGGUCCAGCAAAACCACCAACAUCUCCAUCCUCCUGUGGAAUGUGACUUUUGAUGACGAAGGGGAGUACACCUGCUUUGCUCGGAACCCGAAGGAGAAGAACCGCAACCACAGCGCUAUCUUCACCCUCAUUGUGGUCGACGAGUUGAAAGAGGUAGACAACACCGUGACGAUCAUCAUUCUGUCAGUAGUGGGGGGGAUCAUCGGCUUGAUCAUCGUGAUCAUGGUGCUGAAGGCCCUCGUCCUCUUCAUAAUUCGCAAGGUCCAGGAGAAGAAUAAAGAGUGCCUUGUGAGUUCUUCAGGGAUUGACAACACAGAAAACGGCCUCUCAAAAGCAGAAAAUAAGGCAACACCAAAGGCUUGAAAACAUGUCUGUAUCUCUCUCUAUAUAUAUAUGUUUAAACAUGUAUAUAUGUAUACAUGGAAAUAUAAAUAUGUUAAAUAGGUAUAUAGAAAGAACAUUAUUGAAAAUGACUGUUUUUUCUUUAUCUUCUUGAAAAAAAUAUAUAUUAAUAUAUACGUAAAUGACAAAUAUAUGUAUUUUAAACUUUGCUUGAGGAAGGGGAACAUGAAAUGUACCCUAUAAACUCUGGGCUGGAUCAGCACACCUAAGCAACUACCAAGGUUUAAAGUGGAUGCAAACCAGAGUAAGUCUGGAUUGUCCAGAUGUGAAUGAAACGGACGUGAAUAUUCAGAAUUAGUUGUUAAUUUAGGUCGUCAUGGAUUACGAAGCAGGGUUUUUGACCUUCACAGAGUGAUGGAACUCAAAGCUUUGUACCCAGAAUCGGCGAUUUGUUACUAUACUUGGUUCAGCUCAGGCUUGCAGUGAAACAAACAGUACACACACACUGCCAAGUUCUGCUAACUGCCAUGUAUUGUACUACAGCACAAGAACUGAAACACUGUGUUAGUGUUCUGGAUUUUGGGGUUAUGGGUGAUGCCAAAAACAGUGCACCCCUCUAAAGCGCAGUGUUUAUUGGAAGAGAAAGGACAUUGACCAAAUUUUCGGGAAGUAUAACAAGGCUUGAGAUUUGUCCACUGUUAUUAGCUUUUCAUACGCUAUGAAUUUCAUACCCGACACUAAAUGUGUGUACUGUGGAUUAUUUUGUGCGACACUGAGCUGUAAACCAGUAUAGCGGAUACUUGAGACUGAUUCACCUUCGCGCUCGGGAUCCUGUUCGAAACAGGUUUGGUUUCGCUGGACUCUUCAAAACUCGAUCAAUCUGGUUUGAAUCCGGUUUGAAUGGAAAUGAUACACUGAGGGGAAAGGAGGAGUCACAGGAGUGUUGCACCGGAUCCAGCCCAGCACUGGUUUUUUUUCUCUUUGCUUUAGAUGAAACACAGGUGCCUGUAAACGCUUAUAGCUCCCUCUGCUUUAAGGGAGGACUUAAACUGCAACAAAAAGCAUUACAAAACAGCAACAAAAAUAAAAGAUGAAUAAAAAAGAACAUAAAAAUAUUUAAAGGACAAUCCCCAUAAAUCCCUAUAGAAGAUGAAUGACCUUUUAUGAUGCUGCUUCUAACAAUUAGCUGAUGCAUUUUUUUAGCAUGUGAAAGAUUUUAUAUACACAACGCUUACCACAAGAAAAUGUUGCUCUUGGUUCCCAACCCCCUUUGGUUUUGUCAUGCGUGGUCAGUCUGAACUUCAAGGUGGUUGAAUGUCCUGUGUCAUCAUGUUAGUCUCUCUGUGACUGCCAACCCAAAAUCUGGGCAAUGGACCACACACAGCAGGGCGCUAUGAAUCCAUGGGUCAGAAAUAAUGUGUCCUGCUGAACACAACUUCCAAAGUUCACUUUGGUGCCCACCACAUGGCUCUUAGUCCAACUGCCUUCUUCUCCAUUCCUGGAAACCUCUUGGUUUUUACAGACUAACAUGAUCAGGAGUUCAGGUCAACUUGACAACGAUGUCCAUAAAGUAAUCCAAUGUCCUAGUGUAACUGCAGCAGUAUGGUAAAACAGUGGCUGUAUCCAACUAGUUAAAUUUGAAGUAUAGCAGAUAUAUUACCUUUGGUCCCUGAGGGGUUUGUUCAUCUAGAUAACUGAAAGAACUUCACUCUCCACAAUUAAUGCAUUUUGUUUGUCAAGAAAUGCUAAGCAAUGCAAGGAAUUUUUGAAGGUAUAAAGUCAUAAAGAUUGGUACAAUGGACUAAUAGAAGAAUGAUGUAGUCUAAAUUCUGCAAGAAUACUCCAUGCAUCCAGAUUGUGCUUGAUAAAGUCUGUGUAUGACUGUAUCAGUUAUGCUGUUAAAAAUGUGCAGUUAUAUUCCAGAUGUAUAAAAGUCCCCCUCAUCUUUUUCCCAAACACCUAAUAGAAAACUGACUGUUUAUGAAAUAUUUGAUGAGGAAACAUUUCAGUACAGAAGUGAUGACACCAAGGACAAGUCAAAA